UCCAUGGGCGGCAGUCACAUGUCAGAAUAGGAAAAAGGUUACUACUGUGGUUGGGGGUUUGGGUUUUGGUAUGCAUGUGGUUGAAUGUGGUAGUGUAGUGUUUUGAGUUUCAGUUUUUCUCCUACAACUGUUGUGUAUUUAUAUAUAACAAAGUUUCAUGGAGAUUAAUAAACUUACGUCAUCCAUGUUCCCAUAGCGAUACUCCUUACGCUCAUCUGCUACACAUCGGCCGUAUCAACAGCUAUUUGAAAUGGAGGACCCCGAAGAUACGAGCCGGGAUAAUGUGCUUUGGGGCGAUGCCAUGGAGGAGAUAUUCAUCGACAUGCUCUACCAGGACGCGCUUCAAGGUAGAUUAAAGGGCGGAAAGAUAACGUUUAGAGAGCAUGGAGUUUAUGCACAGCGACUCACUGCUGUUGGGAAGAAAGUGUUUGACGGGAACCAGGUCCGUGGAAAAUUGACGAGGUUGAAGGGGAUGCAGCGCUUGUUUACCGAUUUGUUGAGCCAAACUGGUAUGGGUUGGGAUCCCGACACAAAGACAGUUGUCGCGAGUGACGAGUGCUGGGAGAAUGCCAUUAGGGUUAAAUCGAAAUGGGGGAGGUUUCGUACUUUUGGCUGCCCAAAGUACGAGGAGCUAUGCACCAUAUUUGGCGCGUCCGUUGCAUACGGGACUAUGCAACACGCAUCAACACAGCUACCCGCAGAUAGCGACGACGAGCGGCGCCUGGAUGAGGAGAUGCGAGCUCGAGUGCCUCCCGCACUAGGCCAUCGACAGGGAUUGCCCAUUGGCAAUGAUGACUUUAUUGACUUGAUGGGGAUCGGGUCACCUGCAGUGGAUGCCGUGACUGGGUCAUCACGUAGGCCGAAGCCAAGAAAGAAGAGCGAUUUUGAGGUGCAGCUUUCUGAGGCCGUCGAGGAGGUUAAACUGACGCAGAGAGCGAGGCGUAAACGAUAUGAGGAUGCAGAAGCUGUGGCAUCAUCGAAGCGCAGCAAAGAGUCAGAGCCUAGUGAGGGGACCAAUGCGGGGUAUGAUCCGAUUAGUCAUUGUGCGACGUUGCUAAGCGAGCUUUCCCCUCCGUUGGAUCCAUCCCAACUUGUUCGCGCAAUUAAGGAAUUACUGAACCCAGAGAUGCGACAGUUUUUCUUGUCCUUGGAUGCUGCAAGGAGGGACUCUUGGGCCCGUCAUUGUUAA